AGGAGGGAGCUGUAGCUGUAGGUGAGGCUCUCCGCUUGUCUGUCUGUCCGCCAACAGGGACUGAAACAAAGAGGUUUCCUCAUGACUUCAGCUGUGAGACUCGAGCCUACAUCUUAACCAUGAGCUUCCUUGGAAAAUUCAAGAACCGCGGUGGACCUCCGGCCCCUCCGAGAAGGACACACACAGAUAAUAACGCAGCGUUUGAAUGGCCCGCGGAUGAAUUUGAUGAUGAGGAGGGGGACAUGUACGAAGUUCCUCCCUGUGAGCGUCAGCCUGUUAAGGUCCCACAGACACAAGUGCAGGAAAACAUUUACUUGGAGAGAACAUCUCGCCCUGAGGUUUACCCCCCACCAAGGCCGUCCAAACUCUCGGCGCCACAGAACACAGGAAAACCUCCUGAAAUAGACAGAAAUGACAAACCUGGAAGGAGGAAGAUCCCUGAUCCUCCAGCCCGCCAUGUUCCCGCUCCGGUUCCUCUGCCUGAAGAAGAUGUGUAUCUGGAUCCAAAUGUAGAAGAGGAAGACUCUGAUGAUGUGUAUUUAGAGCCAGAAGCAUCCUGCCCCCCUGCCCCAACCAGAGGGCUUCCAUCAGCAAAGCCUCCUCCUCCAAAACCCAUGGCGAAACCACCAGUUCCAAGAGCUGUGACCCAACCAUCGUUUUCUGCUAUUCAUGAGCUGAAGACAACUGAAGACAGACGCGCCAGCUUUCCUGGACAGACAACACUACGGACCCACGCUUCAAACCCUUGUUUGCCUCCGGACAUGAAGGAACAUAAACCCACCAUGCCUUCUAUUUCUCCGAUGGGAGACUAUAAACCAGGAGGUGGCGGUAGGAUGUCUAAACUAUCUGGGAACGAGGAUAAAGAGUGGUUUGCUGGAGACUGCAGCAGACAGAUAGCUGAGGGUCUCUUAAAGAGAGUCAGAAAGGACGGCGCCUUCCUCAUUCGAUACAGCUCAGACAAACGCCCCCACCAGCCGUACACCCUCGCCGUCCUCUACCAGCAGAAGGUGUAUAACAUCCCCAUCCGUUUUCUGGAAGACUCACAGGGAUAUGCCCUCGGGAAGGAGGGUAAGAAGAAUGAAGAGGUGUUCAGCAGUCUGGAUGAGAUGAUUUCUUACCACAAGAAUAACCAAAUACUUCUGAUUGACAGCAAGAGUCAGGCCAAGCACACAGCAAACCUAACACAGCCUGUACGAUAUUAAAACUACACUCACUUUGUUGUUGUUGUUGUUGUUGUUGUUCGAUUGUGUAAUUAAAAGGCAGAAACUGAAACUUUAUUUUAUGGAAAAACACAAGCUUACCUGUCAUUGUAAAACAAAAUAAAACAAUUUGCAUUAAUACAUUGAGGUUCUAUGAGAGAAAAUGUUAACUUUGAUGAAAAAUGUGUUUUUUUCCCUGUUUUAUCACUAUGACUUCUGCACAUAAAAGCUGUAAAUGUGUGUUUAUCAAGCAUCAUGACUCCAAACAAGCACUCAUUAAGCCACAAUCACCCAGAUUGCCAUUAUCCCUCUUCUGUUCAUUUACAUACAUUUGUUUACUUGACUGCAUAAAACAUCUAUGCAAAUCAGCCAUCCUCCCAUAAGUUCACUUCAAAGUUUUUGAGUUGAAAUGUUUUCAACGUUUUGGUGUAAUACUACAUGUUGAAUGUUUUGUAAUACAGAACUUUUACCUUG